UGUUGCUCUUUGUUCAUUCAAAUCAUUUAAUUAUAUAAAAAAAAAAAAAAAAAUCAAAUAUAAAAUAACAAUAUCAAUUUAAGUAUAUAAUUAUAAUUUUUUAUUUAAAAUUUCUAGAUAGUAAUUUUCGAUUUUCAAUAGAAAAAAUGUUUCGAUAAUUUAUACCACGUGGUAAAAUAAAAAUAAUGAAAGAAUGUGUACCCAUGUGUUUAGAAAACGAGUGAUGAAUGGACAUGAAUAUAUUUUUGACCUGAACUUGGGAGAAGGAUACACAUUUAGACUGAAAAAAUAAGAAAAAAAAACAGAAAAAAAAAAAAAAAAAAAUACAUAAGCUCCACAAGUGUUGCCUGACUGGAUUUAUUCUACAAACAGCGACUGAUACAACUGGAAUUUAUUUUUCUCAAAUUGUUUUAAUACUGCUUAAUUAUAAUUAUGAAUUUUUUAUUUUUAAUUGGCAUUAUUUGGUGUUGUUGUGUUGACGUAAUGAGUUUAUCACAUAAACGUAAUUUACAAAAUAUCAUGCCAAGAAAUGUGCAACACAUCAAUGAUGAACUUGGACAUUGUGCAUCUGUUGAUUUUAUCAUGGGACAACUUGGAAUUGUCAAUGUAUUGGCAUUCCUUGAUGGCUCAUGGCCAUUCAGCUACAAACAAGCUACAAUGUUGAAACAACUUAAAGAUCGUUUAGAAAAAUCUGGUUUUCCUGAUGCACUUUUUUUUGUUAUAACACCCAUGUCAAUUGACAAUAAUAAAGAUGAUAAUAAUAUUGAAGCUGAAGCAUGGGAGAAUGUCUCACCUGAUGAAGCAAUGGAAAUAUCAUCAGGUUUAUUAAAUUAUAAACCAAUUGAAGAAAUAAUACCAUCUGAUAUGAUAUUAAUUAAAGACAAUGAUGAAUUAAAUAUAUGGAAAAAAUUAAAAGGUACUCGUGAUCAAAUAAUGGUGAUUGAUCGUUGUGGCAGAUUAGCAUAUCAAGUUAUUGUACCAUGGAGUAUUUUGCAUUUACCUUAUGUUAAAGCAGCAAUAGUAUCAACGCACAAUGACAAUCCAUGUGGUGUUUGUGAUUCAUAUGGAAAAAUAAUUGAAUAUGAUCCAGAAUUACCAAUUGAUAAUGAUGAAUCACUUGUUAAUAGUAAUCUCAUUGAAGUGACAUCACAAUUACCAGUUGUUGUUGAUGAAGAUAUUACAGUAACAAAUAUUCCAGAUGAAAAAAUUAUAAAUAAUAAUAAUGAUAAAUUUGUAUUACCAGAGUUGAAAAUAAUUAUGCAUGCACCACAUUAUCAUAGUGGUCAUAGUGGUCAUAGUGGUGAUGGUGAUAAUUCAAAAAAUGAUUAUCUAGUUCUUAAAACAGGUGAUAUUGAUUAUCAUGGCCAUCUUGAUGAUAAUGAAAAUUUAAUAACAAAAAGUAAUAUUAUCAAUGAAAAUAUUAUUUUUGAUAAAGAUGAAGGUCCUGGUUUGUAUGGUGAAGUUGUAGACUUUUGGCGUGAUGAAAUUGAUGCUGAUGUUGAUCAAUCAGUUACUGAAAAUAUUGAAAUUAAUAAUUCAAUUGACAGUGUUACAAAUAUACCUGAAUACACUGUUGAAGAUGAAGAAUCACAAAGUAAAAUGAUUGCACAUUAUAGUCGUCUUUUACCAUGGAUUAAUUAUAUCUUGAAAAAUUAAAUUAUUAAAAUUGAUUGUAGUAUUUUUUAGAUUGAAGCAGUAUUUAUUGUAAACUAAAAAUAAUUUAUUUAUAUUUUUGCAAAUAAUAAAAAUAUAAAAUAUAAAGU